CGAAGGAAGACCAUUGUUUGUGGUAGGUGUAAACAAGCCGUCCAAGCAAACGAACUAGAUUCUAGAAUUUACGAGGAACAGAGACCUUACAGCAUUGUUUGUGAUUUAUAAAGCAUAUUUUCCUUGACAGGUACUGGGGUUCUGUGCACAUUUUAGUCACUGCUCGUCAUGGCGGACGAGGAAGCCAGCAGGACAGACUCUCGUCACAGCAGUUCCCCUGCAACUCCAAGCGUCAGCAAUCCUGGAACACCAAGGUCAACAGAAGUGGCGCCCGAUGUUCGUGCCACACCCCCUCUUGCUAGGGCAACCCCUCCACUUGCGAGAGCAACGCCCCCUUUAGCGCGAGCCACGCCCCCUUUGAACCAAGGUCAGCCGCAGCUCCUUCAUGGACCACCGGUGCUUCCUGUCCGGUCUAUUACUCAGGCGCCCACAGCGCCUUCCCCUCUAGCUCAAAUGCACCAUCACCAAAGCAAAUACGCUUCUCUUCUCGCUGUCAUAGAGGACAUGGGCAGAGACAUUAGACCCACCUAUGCUGGCAACAGAAGUUCCACAGAAAGACUGAAACGAAGUAUAGUACAUGCAAGAAUACUGGUUAGGGAGUGUCUAAUGGAAUGUGAGAAAAGUGCUAGAACUUAACUUUUGAUAAUAUGAUGUUUUGUACAUAUUUUAGGAGGGGUUGGAGACAUGUUGCUUCACAUAUUGGGUCAUUUGGUCUUGUGCGUGGAUAGGUUACUUUUGACAUUGGUUUAGAGAGAAGUUACUGCAGUGUAUAAGGGGUAUUUUAUUUUGCUUGUCUGUGCAAAUGUUAUUUUUCAUCAUAUAUGAUCAUCCUCAUAGUUUCAUGAAGUUUGUGCAAUUUCCAAAUUUAUUUUUUUUUAAACUGCAAAACCCUAUGUGGAAUAAAAGUCUCAUCCUUUUAAUAUUACAUC